AUGGGAACUGAUGAUGAACUGUCCUCCUACCUCACCAGGUUUCUCCUAAACGUCUCCCAAGCCAUCUCCCAAGACCCAGGCCUACCCCGACCAAACCCAACAACAUCAUCAUGGCAGGUCCCAGAGCACCUCCUCGGAUCAAUCCAGUCCCCUACCCUCCCCAAACAAACCGACUUCGCCGUCAUCGGGUCCGGUAUCACUGGCUGCAGCGUCACCAAGACGCUCCUCGAACACGAUGCAUCACGCAACUCCCACGUUACGAUCCUCGAAGCCCGGACACUCGUCAGUGGUGCCACGGGCCGGAAUGGCGGGCAUCUAGUGACUGCUUCGGGGCAUACGUACGGGCCAUUAGCGGUACAGCAUGGUGUCGAGGCUGCAAAGCAGAUUACCCGCUUCUCCAUUCUCAAUGCGCAGGAACGGUGUCAGAUUCGUGCUGUUCUCAAGGUUAUGGCCGUCGGGGACGAGGAGACGUGGGCUGCUGCCAAGAGCUCGGUUCUUGAGUUCCAAGGGGCGGUGCCGGAGCAUAGUGCAUAUCACCGUGUAAUUGAGCGUGGCGAUGUCCCAGAAAGGUGGAACAUCGAAGAUGCUUACGGCGCCGUAGAGCACGACGCCGGCGCCAUCUGGCCAUACCGACUCCUCAUGGGAAUCUACGAAGCUCUCCUAAAACAACACCGGAACCGACUCGCGAUCGAAGCAAACACGCCAGUUCUGCAGGUCCAAUUCUCGCCGUCCAGCAACCUAGAUUACCCCUAUCUCAUCACGACUCCAAGAGGUACCAUCCGCGCCAGAAAAGUCUUACACUGCACCAACGGCCACGCAUCACAUCUCCUACCACAACUAGCAGGCCGCAUCUAUCCCUUCCGCGGCACAAUGUCCGUCCAGAAGCCCGGCCCAACGCUAAGGAACUUGGGCGCUUCGCGCUCGUGGAGCCUGUCCCACAAGCCGACGCUGGAUUUCCGGAGCGGUCUCUAUGUGACGGGCCUCUACUACCUACAGCAGAAUCCCUUAACAGGAGGGAUCUGGAUCGGGAAUGAGACAGCAUACAUGAAGGAUAUAUUGACGCCAGACGAUACCCACGUCCCGAAAAAGGCGAGAGACGCUCUGUCUACGGUGCUGCCGAAGCUAUUUCUCGAGGGGUGGGCACCUGAGGCGAAGACGUCCGAGGUGGAGGCAAUUUGGUCUGGGAUCCAAGGACACACGGCUGACGGUCUCCCGAUCGUGGGUCGGAUCCCCGACUCGAUAACGGGAGACGCUGGUGGCGGACAGUGGAUCGCUGUCGGGUUCAAUGGGUACGGGAUGGACAAGUGCUGGCUGACGGGCGAGGCCUUGGUCAGGAUGAUGUUUGGUGAAGACGUCAGUGACUGGUUCCCGCUAGCUUAUGUCGUCACGGAGAAGCGGUUGCGGGGGAAGCUCACGGCGGAUGAGACGUUGCUCAAGUUUGCAAAGCUCGCGAACCCUCAAGGGGUGAAGCUGUCCAAACUUUGA